UGCUCAGCGAGUCCAAGACAGAGCGAAACCAGUCCAGCCCCUGCCCCAGCCCCGGCCCGGCCUGGGCCCCUUCGCUUGGCACAGAAUGGAAUCUGAGGAAGGGAUGCAUGAGAAUUUACGGCUUCAGUUUAAGGCUCUACAGGAACAGCAGCACAAGAGGUUACAAAGACAGCUGGAGAAAAAAAGGGAAAAACAUAUGAGCCUCAAAGGAGGUGGAAAUGACCCAAAGGCAACAUUUGGAAUCCAGAAUGAGCUAAACUUGCUUCGCGAGGGUGGGCAGCCAGCCAAGAAUACCUUCAGCCAAAGGUUGCUUGAAGAAGAGAUUGAACAGCUCCAUGAACAACUCAGAGAAAUUGUAGAUGAAAAUGGAAGAUUGUAUAAACUGGUAAAGGAAAAGGACUUUGAAAUAAAGCACCUCAAGAAGAAAAUAGAAGAAGAUCGAUGGGCUUUCACAGGGACCGCUGGUUUGGCCGGAGAUGUAAUCGCGACCAAGAUUGUGGAGCUGUCCAAGAAGAACCGAGACUUGACGGCUCAGACAGAAAGUGAAAAGACCAGAGUGAAACAACUGAACAACCGAGUUCGAGAUCUGGAGAGAGAACUACAGACAGCUUUGGCAAAGAUCCAGGCACAAGGAGGCCGAGAUUCAGUAACCAAGCAGUUCAACCCCAGGACAAUAGAAGGAAUCUUGGCCGAAAAUCCAGAGGUGAAAACUUUGCAAGACAAGCUGGCUUCAGCAAACUUUAAGAUGAUAGAAUAUCGCAACCAGAUCCAGACCAUCAAACAGGAGCUCAAAGUUGCACAGAAGGUUUUAGCAAGUGAGGUUGGGGAGGACGUCAACAUUCAGCAGCUGUUAUCCUCCCCCGGAACUUGGCGCGGUCGGGCCCAGCAGAUUCUUGUUUUGCAAAGCAAGAUUCGAGAGCUUGAGAAUCAAUUAGGUUCAAUCCGGAACCGUUCCAUUAAUAAUGAGGAGGAGAUGCCAAACCACUCAGAAACAAAGAAAUUUUCAGCCCAAGAGAAAAACCUGUUAAAGAUCCGUAACUUGGAGAAAGAAAAGAAGGAGGCAUUAGAGAGACUCACAUGUGAGAGAGAUACUCUCCAAAAAGAUCAUGAAGAACUAAAACGAAAAUGUGAUGGCAUAAAAUCCCGGAACAAAGUGUUAUCCAAUGAAGUUAAAACAUUUAAGAGCCAAAUUGCAACCCUGCUUGAGAAAGGCAAACAUGAUGAUGAGCUCAUAGAUGCUUUAAUGAGCCAGCUAAAGCAGCUACAAAAUAUCUUAAGUAAACUCAGCCACCAGGACGAAAAGGCCAAGGAGGCUCAGCAGAACAUGGGCCAACAGCUGACCAUGGAGGCGCAGAAGAACGACUGUAUUAUAGCCCAGCUCCGGAGGAUGGUGGCUGAACGAGAGGCCAAGGUCCAGGAGCUGGAAGAAGAAAUUGACCGUCUUACUCUUCAGCAUCUUCAGAACAAAGAUCUAAGUGAGGACUCUGAUUUAAUGGAUGGCAGCUCACUGUCUUCCAAGUUUAUCGAGGAGCCAAACUUUAACCUACUCAAACCUCCUGCAUCAGCCGGAGAUCACAUUGGGAGGGUCGGAGCUUCUCGAAUGGUGAGCAGCCUGGGGCACACUCUGGUGGAAUCUUCAAUCACUCAGCCCUCCCUCCCCAGCCCUAAUGUGUCACCUCGAAGGCCUUCCGAGAUGGACUCUGCCGAGCUGAAAAGGAGUCAGGGGCAGGUGGUGGAGUUCAAGAGCCUUUUACAGUCUGCUGAGGUGGAAAGGGACCGGCUCUCCGAGUUUGUCGCUGUCCUGCAGAAAAGGGUUGAUGAAGGGAACAAUAAACUUCUGGAGACUGACAAGAAGCUCCAGGAGGAGCGGCACAGAUGCGUAGUUUUGGAACAGCAGCUGGAAAAAACCAAAAUGGACACAGGCAAGGCCACAACUUCCCAGAAGUCGGCGACAAAGACCAAAGCAGGACUGCCUGCUAACAAUGCAAGACAUAACCUAAAUGUGAGUGAGAGGAGGGACCUGUCCUUGAGUCAGCUCUCAGAGGUGCCACUGGAGUCACAGGUAGAAGAGCUAACCACCAGACUUUUGAUCCAGGCCGAAGAGAACGAAGCCUUGAAAGCCACCAUGAACAACAUCCUGAAGGUGAAGGAGGAGGACUUCAGGUUAUACCAUGAGACCAUGAGCCAAGUGAAGCAGAUCUUCCUGCAGGCCCUGCGGCAACAACAAAUGUGAAAACAGGAAUAGCCAGCCCUUCGGUCAGCACCCGACCACGCAAGAAAGUGGGGAGGCAGAGUAGGACAGAUAAAAGCUGCACUGAGCAGGCCUCCAUCCUCCUGGCAGCCAGGACACUGCCAGGAUCUUCUCGCCCUCCAAUCACAUAGCCUCAGGUUUUGCUUGUCCGUUGGCAUCACUUGGAGAAUUGCAGAUGGAAAAGGAACAGGAUUCAGGGAUGGGGAUUGGGCCCUGGUCCACAUCCCCUUUCUGUGUGAUGGUGCCAUUAAAAAUGAGUAGUCCAAGGCAAAGUCAGUGAAGGCCUAAUCCCUCAGGGCGAGACUAUGACAAGCCAAGCGGUUUUGGAAUCCCAUCAUAGUAUGGGAAGAGCUCAUGAAGCACUUACUUCAUAAAACUCUAGGAUGCAUAAAAUUCAAGGUCAUCCUAUCCAAGAGGCUACAAUAACAGUAGCUUGUAUAAGAUGUUGGGAUCGUAGGAUUUUAAAGUGCACAGUGGCCUACGAGAUAAUGGAGUCCAAUCUCCUGUGACAGAAGAGGAAAUUGAGCCCCAGGGAGGGAA